UUCAUCUUGAGCGGUUGUCGUAACUCAGCUGUGGCAACAUCUCCAGCAAGCAUGGCUACUGGAUCCAUAUUUGUCAUCCCCUCUAAUGGAGCGAACGUAAUCCAAACGGCCCCUGGAUUGCCCGGUGUUGCUCUUCAGGCAUCUGGAGCAACUCCAUACCCUCAGUAUGGAACUCAGCAACUUGGAAUUUCCACCAGUGUUCCUCAACAAGUCUCCCAGAAGGUUCCUAUGCAGAGAUUCCUCAGUGCUGAGGCCAAAGUGUUUGGGGCCGUCCAGAUCAUGAUUGGGUUGAUCCACAUUGGCUUUGGAGCUGUCGCAAUCUGUCUCUAUCCUUACGAUCUUACCGUGUCUGGAACUGGAGGUUACCCCUUUUGGGGAGGGAUAUUUUUCAUUUCUACUGGGUCACUAUGUGUAGUAGCUGCGAAUCGUUCAAAUCAUGAUUUGGUGGAAUCCAGUAUAGGAAUGAACAUUGCAAGUGCUACAGUGGCAUUAACUGGUAUCAUGAUGUGCCUAUACCAGAUGAUCGUCACCACUAUUCCUCAAUAUGACACUACAAGGAUAAUCAGUGUCAGUUAUGGCCUCGCCAGUCUGCUGCUUUUGUUCAGCCUGUUGGAAUUUUGCAUCGCUGUUUCCCUUGGACGCUUUGCGUGCCAGGCAACCGGCCGUCGUGUUGACCAGCCAACCAUGCUUUUUUGGCCUUACCAAGUCAUCAGAGGUGGAGCAGUCACACCUGAACCAAAUCCUCCUCCUCCACCGACUUACGAUAAGGUGGUUACCAAAUUUCCUUAAAUCAAGAAUCCCAGGAAUGAAAUGUGAGAAGUGUUGCAACAGGAGAAGCAAUGCAUUUCAUAUUAUUUUGUCCUCCAGCUUCCUUGUUUAUUUUUCAGUUACAGCGUUUAAACACUAAAUUAAAGCUCAGACUGUCCAAGGAGCUGCUG